AUGACGGUUUCUCUUGAGCAUGUGGACGCCUGUCUUCCGAUUGCGGCAUUGAAGACGAUACAGUGCCAUGGCCGCUUGUUCUUAUUCGAGGGGCAAGGCCCGCUGUUCCGAGUCCUUGAUGAGCAGACGGGCCAUGUUGUAGCCCAUGCUCAAGUGUUCAAGCGCAACCAUGUCCAUGGGUUUAUCCCUUUUCCUUCCGUCCAAGAGUCUAAGAUAUCACCUUACUGCUACUCCGUCAUUGUCUGGGGUGGAAAGUCUCUCCGAGUUGUCCAAUUUACCUUCAGCCCUUCUGAUGGAGUCAAGUUGACAUUAUCUUCCGCCGAGCAUCUCGCCCCGGACUGGCUCAUGAGCGCAUGCCCUGUGUUCGAAGGGCGAACUGAAGUGAUUUUUCUCGUCACUGCAAACAACGCUCUGUUGAGAGCGAGCGCAGAGCGAGGAAGCUUUUCGCAGUACAACAAGAAAAUACGACUUGAGCAGCUCACCACAAGUGUCAAAUGUAUCUUGUACGCUGCUGAUCUGACAGCUAUAUCACCUUCGCAUAUCCUGAUCGCCUCGGGGACUGCUUUUGGUGAGAUCAUUGUCUGGUCGUGCUUUAUCAACGAAGAUGAAUCAUGUCCACGAAAAGCAAUCGCGUCAAUACACCAUUACUUCACUGGUCAUGAUGGGUCCGUGUUUGGAGUGCGCCUGUUCCCCAAUAUCCCAAGUCUCAAUUGGGGUCGAUCUGGGAGGCUGCUAGCUAGUUGCAGUGACGACAGAACGAUCAGAAUUUGGGACAUUACAGACUGCGAGACAAAAUCUCCAGAGGACCCUUCCGCAUACGCCACAGACGGAUUUGAGCUACGAAGCACCGGCUAUGGCAGCGGACCUGGCUUAGAGACAUGCAUGGUGAAAGCCUUUGGCCAUUCUGCUCGUAUUUGGAGUGUGAACAUUUGCGCAUUUGAUAUUGAUCAACCAAACAGGCUGAGUCUUGUCUCCAGAAGUGAAGACAGAACCUGUAUAGUAUGGGAGCUCGGUUGGGAGACCGAACCAGCGGGGACUACACGAUAUUCUUUACGAGAGAUGUCCUCGGCCCAGCCUCAUAUUGGGAAGCAUAUCUGGGCCCUCGAUAUCUUUGAAAAGGGGGACGAGAUGACCGUUUUCACGGGUGGCGCCGAUGGCGCUGUGAAAAGCUUCAAAGUGAAGAAACACGUUUUUUGCCCAUCGCAAUAUAACAAACCAAGUCUGAACGAGUCCCUGGCUCACAAAAAGGCAAUUGGCCCAGAUGUGCCGAGAUGCUUUGACUUCGUCAGCAGCGAUUGUAUUCUUGCCUGUUCUUUGCAAAGUGAGGUGCGUCUCGGACGCGUGGACACAAAUGAAGGUUUUUCAUCCAUCAUGUGGGAGAAAAUUUGUGUCCUGGAAGACCUUCGGUCGUUCUCUAUCAUUGCUGGGAUUUCUGGCAAGGAAAUUGCUCUGAUUGCCAAUUCGCAAGGCCUAGUCCGCUUGUAUCAACAUCCGUCUAGGUCGGUCACGGAGUUGGUUUCUCUGGGCAAGAGACCACGCAGUAUGAUGGUCAUUCAAGAUAACAUGCUCCAUGAUGAGUUUUCAAUGGUAAUUGAUUACUACACAGGCGAGGAGGCAACCCUUCUGACUGUGACUCAAUGGAGGGCCAAAUCACCCCAAGUAUCGACCAUACCGUUCAAGCUACCAAAAGCGCCAUAUAUCAUCACAGCAGCCUGUUUCGUCCAUGAAAACAAGUUUUUGCUCCUUGGGUCUGAAUUGGGAGGUCUGGCCGUCUACGAGGCUUCUGGACUUGGCUUGAGCUCUAGUCCAUUGGUGGAUAUGAGACGAGCUCACGGCCAUGAGGGAACCACUUGCAUUCGAUCCGUCAAGGCAGCACAUGAUGGCAAAGAAUACAUCUUGACCUGUGGCAGAGACGGUCACUACUGUUACCACGAGUUGGUGACCAAUUCGAAAGAUGGGGGCAUUGUUGCACUGGAGACAUUGGAUCAGUCUUCUUCCAGUCUCGGAACCGAUCUUUGGGGUGCUUAUCUGGACAAAAAAAGCGGUGAUCUGAUGGUUUAUGGAUUUCAGUCGCAAAACUUUGUCUUACGAAACGAGACGAAGCAUCAGAAUGUCAUCUCCAUUGCCUCGGGUGGUGCUCGUAGGAUUUGGGCGUACCGAGCCGGCACUGGAGAUGACUUGCCACUGUUUACAUGGCUCGAAAAGCCCAAUUUGCAGGCUGUACGCAUCCAACCGAAUGUGAAUCGUUCCAUUCGUGCUGGUGGCCACGGUCGGGAAAUAAGGGCUAUGGACGGACUGAGCCACGGUGAGGGAGGUCAGGCUUUGCUCGCAACUGGUGCAGAGGAUACCAUCGUGCGCAUCUUCGCAGCAUCGGGUCACGCAAGCGAGGGUCCGUGGGGCUCUUUUGAGUGCGUGAAGAUUUUGGACAAGCACAGAUCUGGGAUACAGCAAGUGAGCUGGUCGAAGUGCGGCCAGUACCUCUUUACCAGCGCUGGACUGGAAGAGCUCUUUGUGUGGGAGGUCCGUCAAGUGAGCUCCCUGGGCACCUGUGUGAAGCUGGUGGUUGAGUGCCCGAAGAGCGAUCCAGACUCGGAGAUGCGAGUCACAAGUUUUGAUAUAUUCGAAGUGGAAGAAUUCGAUGGCAAGAAGGGCUAUAUUCUAUGCCUGACACUGUCUAACUCGACGAUCAGGGUAUUUCAUUUUUCACCCCACAAGCAUGGUCAAUUUACGCUGCUCGCUCAGGGGAGAUAUAUGACCAACUGCCUCACUCAAAUCAAACUAUGGAGCCGGGGCUCGUCGGUCAGCCUCGUGACAGCUGCAACUGACGGCUUCUUCACCCAUUGGGAUCUGACGGAUACACUGGCGCCAUUCUACGAGAUAAUGUCGUCUGGUCUGAAAUUGAAAAAAGCCUUCACGGGACCUUUAGCCGCGCCAAAGGAAAUCGUUUGUGAGAGCAGGUACCGGGUACAAGCCAACUCCAUCAAAGGGAUGGAGCUCGUGGCCCUCUCCCAGUGGGCUGCGAUCGUUUUGACUGUCGGCGACGACAGCUCCAUUGCCGUCUCACUGUUGAGAAUCCAUCCUGCGAGCAUCGGUGUGCUCGACGGCGACGCAGAGGCUGUUGUCUCCACUGUCUCUAUCCCAGACGCCCAUGCCGCAUCGGCGACCGCAAUUAAAGUCCUCGAUCACGAGGAAUUAUCCUCGUCGGCAUCCGCAAGUCUGUCGCGACUGGUUUUUGUCACUUCCGGUAAUGACCAUAGACUCAAGUUCUGGUCUGUUGAGGUCGACCUUGCCAAGCAAGCCACAGACGCUCUCGCCAUUGAUUUUUUGUUGGAUAGAUACAGCGCCGUGGCCGACAUUGCCGCUGUGACUUAUCUCCCAGAAUCGCCGUGUCUUCAGAACUUAUCAUCGGAUUCGGAACAUGACAUUCAAGGGAAGGUGGUAGUUGGUGGAGCUGGCAUGGAAAUGCUGCAUUUCAACCAGCAUUCAUGA